CGGCAGCUUCGCCUGUCCCCUUCGAUCCGAUCUCCAAUCUCGUCCGAUCCAAUGGGCGCCGCCGGCGUCGCGCUGGACGCGCCGACUGCCGCGCCGGACGCGCCGACCGCGCCGGAGGUGGUGCCGGAGGUGGUGUGCGAGGCCACCGUGAACUCCAUCCGGGUGCAGUGGAAGGUGCAGUUGGACCCCAGAGUUCAUGCUGUGCCCGUGAAAGCAGAGUUGACACCCUGCCCAGUGCCGCAGGGCAGCGAGCGAAUGAUGCCGGCCAGCGGCCCGGAGGGCGCCAUUUCCGGGACCUGCGACUUUCACUUCCUGUAUGCUGGGCAGGAUCACACCUUCCGCCUGUUUGUGGGGGAAGGCGAGCCCGGCACGUUCUCGUUUGAAGGAGCAAGGCCCACGCUGGAGCUGCGGAUUCGCACCGCCGCCUGCGGCAAGGCCGUGGAGCCGCGCAUUGCGAGGAUGCUGCCGGCCGACAUGUGGCCUACCUACGUGGGCCCCGAGCAUGAGCUGGGCGAAUGGCUGGGGCUUUGCCCUGAGGAUAUGGUCUGGACCUUUUCGCCCUCCUUCGAUGUGCUGCGGUCCUUAUGGCUCAACGCCUGCUUCACUUUGCCGUCCAGGCAUUCCCCCAUCGCGCAAUGUCCGAAUCCGAUUCGCAGGUACUGCCUGGAUUUGACCAAACGUCAGCCAUGGUUGAGGAACAAGAAGGUGCGCCGGCACAAGAGCGACUUUCGCCUCACUGUGAACGCAAACUUCAGGGCGACUUUCCAGCAGUGCGAGCGCACUCACCGGGAGGCAGGCCGAGGUUCUUGGAUCACGCCAGACCUCAUCGAGGGCCUGGAUAGGUGCAGGAAGGAGGAUGGGGAGUUGAAGGUGUACUCCAUUGAGCUUUGGGAGAAGAGCACGGGCCAGCUCGCAGCCGCCAUCAUGGCGCUGAGCGUAGGGGACAUCUUCCACGACUACACCACGGCGACCAUGCUCCGCGAUGGUCGGUCGCCGGGCGCGAUUCUGACAAAGGUGGUUGGGCAUUUGCUGACGGAGGCAGGCUACACUCUCUGGUACUGGGGCUUCAAGAACCCCUACAUGGGGGAGUACGACGGGCAGUACGGCGGGCUGGAGCUCCGCAACGACCUGGACUUCUGGCCCCGCUGGCGCCAAGCGCGGGAGAUGAGCUGCCUGCCCGGGAACGUGGAUCUUGCCAAGCGGGUUCCGCCCGGAGGCGGCGCCUCUCAUGGUGGCCUGGAUCUCGCAGUGAUUUGAAGGUCCCAGUGGGCGCGGCAAGCCGGGUGAAGGUCUUGCAGGGCCAGCGCCCGUUGAUUCCCCGAAAUGAGUUCCUA